UUUAAUGAAACAAUUUGACUUGAAUAUGCUGUGUGGAAUCAAUGAAAUUAAGAGAUUGUUUGAACCUAGCAGUUUUGGAGACCUUAGACAACUCUGUGGGCUCCCUGUGGCCCAGAAUUUUAGUGGCCAUGUUUAGCAUUCCAAGCCUAGCCUAAUUUGCUCAGGGUUCCUCAGGGUUUAUUUAUUAGAGAAGUGAUAGCAAUGGAAUAGACUAGAGUCUAAGAACAACCAGCUGUCACCUCUUCCUCAGAUGCCUGCCUGCAAAAGAGCUCCUUGGGAUGAAGAUCCCAGAACAAGGAGAGUUGACAGUAUCUACAGUGGCUGCUGUCACAUCUAGAAAGAAAUAGGACCUCAGACUGAAGACCCAGCUCUGCCUGCUUGGCACUGAACACCUUUGUCCAAGGUGCCCUAGCAGGAGGAAGAGUGCUUUGAUUUCUUGGCUUGGUCUCUGACGUCCCAAUAUUUCCUUGUUGAUGAAACCAUUAAGCAGCUUAGCCCCUCUUAGUUUUAUAGAACAUCAAAGGCAGAAGAUACUUGAGUUCAAACCUCUUCAUUUUUUAGAUGAACAAGAAGAAAACAGCCCAAAGAUGAGAGUGAUUCGUGUGGGUACCCGCAAGAGCCAGCUGGCUCGCAUACAGACGGACAGUGUGGUGGCAAUGCUGAAAGCCUUAUACCCAGGCCUGCAGUUUGAAAUCAUUGCUAUGUCCACCACAGGGGACAAGAUUCUUGAUACUGCACUCUCUAAGAUUGGAGAGAAGAGCCUAUUUACCAAGGAGCUAGAACAUGCACUGGAGAAGAAUGAAGUGGACCUGGUUGUUCACUCCCUGAAGGACCUGCCCACUGUGCUUCCUCCGGGCUUCACCAUUGGAGCCAUCUGCAAACGAGAGAACCCCAAUGAUGCUGUUGUCUUUCACCCAAAAUUUGUUGGCAAGACCCUAGAAACCUUACCAGAUAAGAGUGUGGUGGGAACCAGCUCCCUACGGAGAGCAGCCCAGCUGAAGAGAAAGUUUCCACAUCUGGAGUUCAAGAGUAUUCGAGGAAACCUCAACACACGGCUUCAGAAGCUGGAUGAGCUGCAGGAGUUCAGUGCCAUCAUUUUGGCUGCAGCUGGCCUGCAGCGCAUGGGCUGGCAGAAACGGGUGGGGCAGAUCCUGCACCCUGAGGAAUGCAUGUAUGCUGUGGGUCAGGGGGCCCUGGGCGUGGAAGUCCGAGCCAAGGACAAGGACGUCUUGGAUCUGGUGGGCGUGUUGCAUGAUCCUGAGACACUGCUUUGCUGCAUUGCUGAACGGGCCUUCCUGAGGCACCUGGAAGGAGGCUGCAGUGUGCCAGUAGCUGUACAUACAGCUGUGAAGGAUGGGCAACUGUACCUGACUGGAGGAGUCUGGAGUCUGGAUGGCUCAGAUAGCAUGCAAGAGACCAUGCAGGCCACCAUCAGAGUCCCCGUCCAGCAUGAAGAUGGCCCUGAAGAUGAUCCACAGCUGGUGGGCAUCACUGCCCAGAACAUUCCACGAGUAGCUCAGCUAGCUGCUGAGAACCUGGGCAUCAGCCUGGCUAACUUGUUGCUGAACAAAGGAGCCAAGAACAUCUUGGACGUUGCCCGGCAGCUUAAUGAUGCCCACUAACUGGUCUGUGAAGUACAGGUGCCUGAGUUGCUGCUGUCCAGUGCCUACAUCCCAGCCCUCAGUGCCCCGUUCUCACUGCUAACUGGGGAGUGACGACCCCAGGGGAUUGAACUGCAGGGUCAGAGACUUGGAGGGACUGCCUUGCCUCAUUAUGUAGGGGCUUCAUCUCUUUAGAGAGUCCAAGCCUUUGAAUGUAACCAACUCUACUAAUAAACCAGCUCUGAAGGUGA